CCUAACGCAGCCAACUUCACGCGAGACGCAGCGAAAACAAAACCAGAAAUAAUUGAGGGAAUCCAAAUAAAAAGCGAUUAAAAGAGGACCAUGAACGUAGACCUGCGAUCCUAUUCGCGCCACUGGCUCACGGAGUUCAUCGAGCAGUAUCAGGAGGAGGAGUGCCUGUGGCAGCCGAAGCACAACGACUACAGCAACCACGCAGCGAGAAACAAGUCCUACGACCGCCUGGUGGAGAAGCUUAAAGAAGUGGAGCCCAAUCCGGACAGGGCAAUGGUGGUUAGGAAAAUCAACUCCCUACGCUCCGCUUUUCGGAGGGAAUUCCGCAAAACGACCAGCAAAAACGACUACGAAACGCGUUUGUGGUACUACGAUAAGCUGCUCUUCAUCGCCGAUCACAAGCCCAAACGCCACGAGCUGGGAACGAAACCCAAACGGGAACUGCAAAUAAGCUUCGACGACGAGGAGUCCAUGGAGUUCGAGGACGAAUCACAUCACACAGGCACCCAGUCGCAGCACAUGGAUUCCAUACUGCCCACAUCCUCGGACGAAGUGGAGGAGGCGGCGGCCACUGCCAGCAAUGUUGUAGUAAGCAGCCAGGGCGCUACCUUGAGCACGAUUUCGGUGACGCCCGCGGAUUGCGUGGCCCUGGUAAAGAGCGAGGAGCAUCAGGCAGCCGAGGCGGCGGCAGCAGCUCAAGCGCACCAUCAGCACCAACUAGUGGCCCAUGCUGCGGCCCAGACGUCAAUAGCGGCAGCGGCGGCUCAGGGUCAUGCCGUGAAGGUCCUAGAGAUCACCUCCCUGGACUCCAACUCCCAGCGAGAGAUACAACAGGCGGUCAAUUCACUGGAGCAUCACCAGCAGCAGCUCCAUUUGCAGCAAGCCAAUGGACACAACCAGGGCGUGCCCACCAUCCAGAUAGGGCGCGAUCACUACCAGCCUUUGUUUGGCAAUGCCGGCACCACUGCCUAUACCACCACUGCAGCUCCGAGCACUUCGCAUCGACACGACGAUGAGUACGAUGCUAUUGGCGUGAAUGUGGCUAGCAAGCUGCGCUCCAUUAAUCCCACACAGCGGAUCGUGGCCGAGAAGCUGAUCAGCGAUGUUCUGUUCAAUGCCCAGCUGGAUAACCUCACCGUGAACUCGGCCCUAACGCAGUAAUCUCCCUCGCCCCUAGCAUUAGUUUAUGUAGUCUCUGUAUUUGUCACUCCAUUCUGUCUGUGUCCCAUUUUACAGUCUGGCCAGCAUUUGUUGCCCGGCCAGCAACUGAAUGUACCAUACCGUUUGUAUGUAGUUUUAAUUAUACUAUACAAUAAAUAGAUUGUAUGUCUUAAGCUCAU